UGCGCGCGCCCGGACACCAGCAUGGCUCUGCGGGGCAAAGUGGCGCUGGUGACCGGGGGCGCGCAGGGGAUCGGCCGGGCAGCCGCGGAGAUCCUGCUGGAGAACCAAGCCAAGGUCGCGCUCGUGGACCUAAACCAGUCCGUUGGGGAAGAGUGCAGAAAUGCUUUAGACCAAAAACAUGGUGAAGGCAACUGUAUUUUCAUCCAGUGUGACGUGACGGACCGAGGAAGACUGCAAGAAGCCUUUCAAAGCACAGUUGAGCAGUUCGGAAGAUUGGAUAUUGUCAUCAACAAUGCUGGAAUCAACAAUGAGAAAAACUGGGAGAAGACCAUAGAAGUAAACCUGACGUCAGUCAUAAAGGGCACAUACUUAGCGCUGGACCACAUGAGUAAAGAAUAUGGCAAGGAGGGAGGAGUCAUCAUCAAUGUUUCAUCAAUGGCAGCAUUCCUGCAUUCCCCUCAUCAACCGGUGUAUACAGCCACUAAACACGGUGUGAUCGGCUUCUCCAGAGCAAUGGCAGACGCGUCUGAGCAGGGUGAUUAUGGGGUGAGGAUCAACGCCCUGUGCCCGGCCUUCGUGGACACACAGCUGCUUCGCACCGUCGAAAACGAGGAGACCAUGGGCAAGUUUGUCAAGUUCAAAGACGAGUUCAAGCAGAGAAUGGACAAAUUUGGGGUGCUUAAGCCGUCUCUGAUUGCAGAGGGAAUGAUGCGCAUUAUAACUGAUGAGACUCUGAAUGGUGCCGUCAUGAAGAUCACAUGUUCCAAAGGCAUUCACUUCCAUACCUAUGAGCCACUCUCUGCCUGAAGCAGCACCUCAGCCAAACAUCAGCAGCUCCAGCUCAGGGCCUUCAUUCACCAAUGUUAGGAGUGCUGAUCAGAGCCUAAUGAAAGACCUGCUUAAACUGGGCUUAGCCAAACAGCAAAUGCACAUUUUAGAAUAUAUUUCUACUCUGACACAACCACUUCAAUCCAGGAAAGUCUUAUUAAUGACCAGAUUAUUUUGGAUUAGGUGUAUUGGAAAAGAGGAAACAAUAUGAGAUUAAGCCUUGUCCUGAAAUGCUGUGUUGUCCAGGACUAGGCUUAAUCCCUGGCCAGGAAGCCAAGCCUAAAAACUGCAGGGCAUGAGCACAAGAACCCUGUCCUGUAACUGUUUAUGAACUGCAGGGUUAUUCACAGAAACAGUUUUUUAGCUUGCUGUGUGACUUACAUUUUUCAACCUCAUCUCUAUCUGCUAAAUCUGUAGAUUUGCAUUUAGGAAAGAAUAAAAUAUCUUAAUUUAGAAAUACCUCACUUAAGCAUGUUCACAUGGGUCAUAGUAAAAUGGUUCAGCAAGUGGAUUUGGAGCUUUUUGUGAGAUAUUGUUUCCUAUCACUGUAAAAAAUAUGUAUAAAGCUUCUAUUACAGUUGAAUGCAAUGUGAUUUGUUUCCAAGAGAAUAAAUACGUAAUCACAAUCAGAGUGACAAAAGCGUAUUAUUAUUAUUAUUAUUAUUAUUAUUAUUAUUAUUAUUAUUAUUAUUAUUAUGAUAAAACACAACUAACACAAAUUAAGGAAAAUCUACAAAUCAACUUUAGAUUGUGUAUCAAAAUAAUGUAAUAUUGAUAAAUAAUUUUAUUAAUUAAAAAUUAAAUUGCACUCUUUUACUAUACAGAUCAAUGACACUACAAAUAUAUGUGUUUUAACAUAAGAUAGUAACCAACCUGGCCUAAACUUUUGAACUCAAACAAGAAGUAUAUCGCUGCUCUUUCUGGACAAAACAUGCAAUACAUGGCAAUCAUACAUUUCAUAUACUGUACCUAUUUUCAUAUCCAGCAAUUGCCCAUUGGCUUUUAUUACUAGUUGGUAAACAGGUUUUCAGAGUAGCUUCAUUGCCUAUAGCCAUAGACAGUGCACAAGAGAUACAGCAGAUAGAGAUUAGUUUGAAAAAUGCAGGAGUAUUCCUUUAAGACACGGAUUAAGGUGUUCCUAUGGGAAUGCUUCUUAGCUCUUCCCCUUUUUGGACAGUCUGGGCUUUUUGGCUUAAAGUGUCCAGCCACAGUAAAUGAGCAAACUUGCUCUGUGAAAUUAUCUGUUCAAUAAUCCACUAAAAUAGGAAUGGGGUGGACAAUCUGCAUACGAUUCACAUUUAAAAUGUUCAGUAUUUCAGGUUCCACACUAAUGUUAAAAUGCAAUGUAUAAAGGAAUAGAGGGAGCUUUUUUUGCUGUAUUAAUUUCUGAUGAUCAUGUGUACAAAAGUGUGUAGUCUGAUUGUAACCACAUUUUUUAAUGAUUUUUUGGAAAAUACAAUGUUGUGUCUGGAUAUUUAUUGACCUUAGAUACUGCUAUAUAGUCUUGAUCUUACCUCAGUAGUCUCUCGUAAUUAUAGAUUUUUUUUAAACUACUGCGUUCAAUCACAAAAACAGUUCUGCCAAAGAAUAGCCACAAUUUUGUAUUUUCUUUUUUAAAAUACAAAAGUCAGUGGCAUAUUCAAGUUUGCAGGGUGGAAGAAUCUGUAUUACUCUGUGUUGAUUUAAAUAUCAUUGGACAAAUCGAACUGUUGAAAUAAAAUAUUUUUAUAACUACAAAA